AUGGCUCCCACAGCUACAAAACGUGCAAGACCCUCGUUCUCACCUCCACGACCGGGAAAGUCGAAAGUGACCAAAUCAGUCAAACCCAGCAGUAUUAAUGGCCCAAACAAGAGGUCACGGAUCUCAAAUGGCGCAGGCCAGACGACCAGCAAGCAAGCACCCAAAAAGAAACAGAGGCGAAGAGGCACUGGAGGAACAUUGAAAGCGAUCCUCGGCGAUGAAGACGACAGCGACAGCGACAACGACAACGAGGCAGACCGAAGAGGACACCAGCAGUCAGAAGAACAGGAAGAAUCGGAGGAAGACGAGCCGGGAGUCUCAGAAGACAGCGACGAAGGCGAGCAGGAGGAUAACGAAGAUGAAGAUGAUGACGAGGAAGAGGAAGAGGAAGAGCAACCUCUAUCCCCUGAGGCUCCGUCGUCUCCUGAGCCAGAAUUCAUCCUGGCCGAAAUCACACAUACAGCAUCCAACGCAACGAAGUCUGUUGCCGGCUCUUCAGCGCCAGCGAUCCCUGUGCCGCUCCUCCACCGUAUCAUGCAGUCGCACUUUACGGAACCAGAGAAGACGAGCAUUGCGUCGGACGCGCGCGCCUUGUUCGGCACAUAUAUCGAAAUCUUCGUAAAAGAAGGUAUCAGGCGGUGCGUGGAGGAAAAGAAAGAGCGGGAGGGAGUUGGUGGAGGUGGUGUGGAUAGCGGAUGGUUAGAACUGGAGGAUCUGGAAAGCGUGGCGACACAGCUGUGUUUGGAUUUCUGA